UCAUUUGUACAACGAUCUUUAUUGUAUAUAUUAUGGCUUGUUUGUCUACAUCUGAUGAUCCAAUGUAGAUUACAGAAAAUAAAAUGAUUGCUGCUAAUGAAAAUAUAUUAUCCACGCCAACAUUGAACAAUGAUCAAAAAAAGGAAAACAAUCAUGACUGCAAUAAUUUCAAACAGAAAGCUGAGCAGGAAAUAACUAAUUUAAAAUUAGAAAUGAAAAAACUGAGUCUUAGAAAAAAUAAUAUGGAUCUUUUACUUAACUAUUUCAAAUCUAAGUGAUCUCUAUCCAGGAAUCUGAAAUUGGGUGAACAAGCUAGAUCAGUGGUAUGCAACCUUUUUUGAUCCACGACCCCCAAAAUUAUUUAUUUUGAUAAUACGACCACUUCUUCCUACCAACAUUAUAUAAGUGUAUAAUAUAAAUUUUCUAUUUAAAUUAUUGGCGACCCCCUAAUAACAUUUUGCAACCUCCGAGUUGCGCAUCGCUGAGCUUGAUGACUGUAUUUAUUAGUAAGAUAAGGCCUCAUUUAUUUA